AUGGUUCCAGCGCUUCCCUAUUCUUCACGAAGAGAACCAACCCCACAGGGAGAUAUUCCAGAAGACAUUGACUGGAGCGAAUCGGAACCCGACGUAACACGAAGAUCCUACAGACAACACCAUCGUCACACAGAACCAGUCGACAACUUCGAAGAUCUUGCCUCACAAUUUGCAUGGGACGGAACUUACGCCGAUCCAGAUAGCUUGAGCCCUCAUCACGAAGCAAGAUUUGCUACCGGCCAGACAGUCCCGUAUAGGCGCGGUCACCUAGAAGGUUUCGCAGACCCUUCACGGCACAGAGGUUCCCCGAACCGAAAACCCCCGCCUCCCGGUCCCAACGAGCCUCAAGGGUUCAGUCAACAGCCUGAAGGCCCAGCAAUGAACUACUACGGAGUUCCUCCUCCUCCACCACCUCCCCAUCCUGGCGUAUAUCCAAUUCAUGCGCCUCCAAUGCCGUAUUAUACUCCAGGACCUCAUACUGCUGGUUGGAAAAAUCCGAUGGGCGGGCCCCGGUCUAUGGGACCACCACCAUCUACAUAUCCUCCACCGAUCGAGCCUUACGGUUCUUACUAUGUACCGCAUCAAGGACCAGUCCACUCUCAUCCGUACGCCGCCACACCUCGCAGUCAUGCUUAUUAUACCGGCCCUCGCCCACAGACUACUUUCCCCCGUCAACACAAGGAUCAUUACCCACCGUAUCCCGCACCGCAACAGCCAGUCGAGGGAUAUUAUGAGGAAGCAAGCGCGCCCAGAUCGAAGAAGCAGCCUAAGCCAAGACAGGAGAAGCCACACAAACGAACAAGUCGAGAUGAUGACAUAGAAGAGAUGAAGAGAGGAAUGGAAGAUCUGGCGUUCAGGCAACAGCAAGUGGAUGAUGGUCGGAAAGCUCAAGAAAGACGCGAAAGGAAAAAGGCAUCAGAUGCAGCCUUGAUCAGACAGGUGAAAAAGACUGUACGGAAGGAGCUGGAAAACAAUGCCAGUGCUCUGAGAGACAUUGACGUGCGCUCAGAAUUGAGCAGGCGACUCCUCCGCUCCGAUAUUGGCUCUAGGGGUUUUUCCACGCCUGCUCCGUCAGUCUAUGAUGAACCGGAUGCUGGCCCCAUUAUACAAGCUACUGCCAAGGAAAUCUUGAAGGCAGUACGUGGACAGUCGCUGUCAGAUCUUGGAGGCUUUCAAGCUCCUCACAGACCAUCUCAUCGACGAGCUGCAUCAGAAGUUCCUUACUCUGGCGGCAGCCAUCCACCACUACCAAGAGACAGUGAUGCUGCCGCAACUAGCAACCCCUUCAUGCCAAACCAAACGAUCUAUGGUCAACCCCCCUACCAGGGACCCGAUCCGCAACAAAGACAAGCCCAGAAAUCCGAAGCCUAUUGGACCGGAACAGUGAGGAAGUCUCGAACGAGGAGUGGAAGCCACUCUGGGCCGCGAUUCCAAGGAGAUACGAAUACGCCACUUCACGGUAGCCUGUCUCCCGGUGACAGCGGCUAUGCUUCACCGGAACCGCUGAGAUCGGAAAGACCAUUCGACCAAUCAAGGGCACGAAGGGUUUCAUUCCGAGAUAGCGACGGAGCAUCUCGCCUCAGACGUGAGGACGUUCGAGGUGAAGAAGUGGUUGACUGGUCGGAAGAUGAGGUCGAGGUGCCAGGACACCCCCAAAGACGAACGAGAACAUGCAGAACUGGGGCGCCUGGGCAGCCAAACUUCACAAUCGAAGUAAGGGGUCCACCGCCAACAGCGCCAGAGGUUGGCUACUUCUAA